AUGGAUACUUUCGACAACGAUUUUUAUCAGGACGGUUUUUUAAUUAAGGAGCUGAACAUCGCUACCAUGCUGACUACAGAAGAUAUUAAUCCGACUCUUGAUGAGAUCAAUCGGUUCUCGUCUGUUGUGGCUGAAGAUGGUGAGCACACCUCGGAAGAAAUACUGACCACUGUCGAUGCUGACAAUUGGAAAAACAAAGUAGACUUGACGAAGGGUGAUACCGUGCGGGUGAUUGAAGGUGAUUUAGUUAAUCUCAUGGGUGUUGUCCUGAGUACUAAUACAGCUAACGACACUGUUCGCAUCAUGCCGCUUCAUGAAGAGAUUAAAGACACAAUUUUGGAUUUUCAGUUGAAGCAGCUUAUGAAGUAUGUUAAAGUAGGUGAUCACAUAAAGGUGGUGUCUGGUAUCUAUUCCGGCGAGACUGGGACUGUAGUGGCAGUGGAUGAUAGUGAGGGUGCUCCAGUAGCCAUUGUUUUAGUAGAUAGUAUGGCUCGGGAAAUACAAGUACGUGUUCGCGAUUUGCAAGAGUCUGCAGAAGUUUCGCAUGGUCUUGAUUCAUAUAAGGGCAAGGAGCUGUACGAUCUAGUCGCACUGGCCCACGGAGACGUGGGUGUAAUUACACAUGUCGGACGUGAAGGCUUUACAGUACUUUGUCAGAAUGGCCAGUCUCGAAACAUCUCGGACCAAGAAGUACAGCGUAAGAUAGUGUCCUCGCGUACAACGGCUGCAUUGGACAAGAAGCACAACCACGUGAGUGCUGGAGAAAUGGUCAAUGUUGUCGAAGGACCUUUCUUGGGUCAUAGCGGGACGGUCAAACACAUCUACCGAACUUAUCUCUUCAUUCACAAUAAUCGCGUUACAACCAACUCAGGUAUGUUUGUGGCUCGUGCGCGCAGUGUCAUUUUGUCUGGAAGCAAGGCUCGCUCCGACAUGAUAUCGAAUUCAACAGUUCCUCGAAUGGAUGCUGGUUUGCGCCAGCAAAAUCAACGAAGUGGAAGAAAUCAGCGUGAUUCUGAAUUGAUCGGUCAGACCGUGAAAGUAAAAAAGGGUCGCUGGAAAGGAUAUAUUGGUAUUGUUGUCGAUGAAAGCGACCAGAAAGUCAAGGUUGAAAUUCAUUGCAAGGCGAAAGUCGUGGACAUCGAUCGGUUACACAUUACUAUGGCUGGCACGCGCGAUGGUGGCGUUGUAGACAAGCCACGUUACUCUGGAACUCCAAUGACUGGUGCCACCCCGCUGCCAUCUCAGACACCUCUUCAUGGGAGUGCCAUGACCCCCAUGGCUACUCCACUGCACCGCGGUAUGGGUACACCGCAAUCAUCUGGUCGUGGAGGAGAUGCAUGGAAUGUUGGUAACGAUGAUGCCCUUCUUGAGACACAGAUCAACCAGGAAAAGGAUAUUACACACGCUACAAGCUUCGGCACCCCACUGGAACCUACUGCACCGCUAAGUGACAUGCCGAGCAGCAGAUAUUCAAAUCCAGCGGCGCAAAUGGCACCUCAUUCUCCGACAAGAGAUGGUAUGAUGCCUAUUGUUCCAGUUACAAAUCCAACAACGCCAGGGUCACACCCAAUAACUCCUGGAUUAAACCCAGCAACUCCUGGAUUGCAACCAAGGACCCCAGCCUACUUGAUGGGACAUAAUCCGGCGACGCCAGGUUUAAACCCAACCACACCAGCACAUUUGUCCGCUGCAACGCCCGGGUUGGGUCAUGAGCCAAUGGGAAUGGAGCCAAUGACUCCAGGUUUUAAUCCUACCACUCCUGGUAUGUCAGCGAUGACUCCUGGUCUUAAUCCUGUGACACCGGGUGUUAAUACGCCUGGAUAUAGCCACAAUCCGAUGACUCCAGGCUUCGGUGUUGCAACCCCCAUGGGUCGAAUGAGUUCAGCUUCCACGCCUGCAGCGUCCCCAGGUAUGCGGGGAGGCAGUGGAAUUCCAAUGACCCCUGCCUUUCACCAUAAUUCAAACGAAUUGUUAUUGGGUGGACUUGCUGGCGGUGAAAUAUCGUGGAAAAUGAAGGGCGUUGAGGUUGAGGUUUUUGCUGGUGAACAUAGGGGCAGCGUGGGUGCCAUCACUAGCCUGGGUGGUGGAUCAUGCUGUAUUGAUGUGGAUGGCCGCACAGUUACUGUGUCAUUGAGCGAUGUGCGUCCAGUGAUACCAGAAAAACAGGAUACAGUUAUUAUCCUAUCUGGUGAUGAAGCGGGAAUUAGGGGCUCGCUGAUCGGUACAGAUGCCUCGGACGGUAUCGUAAAGGUCGACGGUGGUUCGGAAAUUAAGAUUUACGCAAUUGCAUCGCUCGCUAAGAUUGCGCAGUAA